AACUGACACCACACACCAUGGAGAAUAGAGGGGUUUUAUUGUUCUGUGUGACCUGCCUCAUUCUGGUUACAGGCGCGCGUGGCGAUAAAAAGGACAUUUACGCAAAAAUUGUGGAUUUCGUGACUCCAGGUGAAGAGUCCCUCACGGAGGAUGCGCUUCUCUCGGUGUUUGGACUGCUGGAGAACCGCGUGCAGUGCUCAGGUGUGUCGUGUGGAAAGUGCCUGUCUGUUGAACAUCUGCACCAGUUGUUGGGUAACUACAGCAGCUUACAGGGGCUACAGAUGGAGGAUUUCUUCACAGUGGCCCCUGGAUGCUGUCUGUUCCUGAGCUCUCCAGUGGAGACCUGCGGGGCCAUACGGCAGGGCCGCUGGGGUAAGGAGACCCAUCACUUCAUCCAAAUGAUCUUAGGCCACGACAACACCACCAGCAGCCUUAAUGAGAUCAGUGCCACAGAAUAUCAGGGUUUGGAGCAGCUGUUUGAUGAAAUGGAAAAAUACUAUCAGCCGAACACAAAUGAGUCCUGCCUUUCACUAAAAGACAUCCUGGAAGAGAGCGGUGAUCAUCACGUAGAGCUGGACGCUGUUUUUGCAAAUAUCCUCUAUCAUGCUUUGCUUGGAGACUGUAUGAGAUCACUUGUCCUUCCUGAGCAAGAGUACUUUCUGGAUUACAUCUUCAGACAUUUUGCCUCUGAUAAUCUUACAAUUCAUGAGCUUCUGAAGGCACUAAACCUGGGUGGAGAGGAACACGACCAUGAUGAUGCCCACACUGAGGAUGAACCCCACCGCAGUGGACCGACCCCCAGACAAAGUCAUCAGGACGAUCACCAUAGCAACAGCAGCUGGGACAUGGCAAGAUACAGCAAUGUUUGUUUGGGGCAUCAUGAGAAAUCGAUUGAUGAAGAGAACAAUCAUUGAGAUGGGCAAUAAAUUAUUUUGAGGCCUAUGUGUUUUAGCGCUGAAGACCUUCUAAGGAUCUACCAGCUGAACUCUUCAUCACUUACCAGAGAUCAGUUCACACAGCUCAGUCCUGCUCUGAUUCAGCAGAUCUUCAGUGGAAGCUGUUCUGAGAUCACUUUCACACACAUGACCCCUGAUUCUCUGAGCACCGCUGAGAGAUAUGGAUAUGCCACUCUCGCCAACAUUAUUAUAUGUUUGAUGGCCAUGUUUGGGAUCGUGGUGCUGCUGUUCUCCAGGUGCACACGAGUCUUUCAGAUGUGCAUUCAGUUCUGCAUCAGUCUGGCUGUAGGUUCCCUCACGGGUGACGCUCUUCUGCAUCUAAUUCCUAUGUUCUUAGGUCUUCAUGCACAUGAAGAAGGACAUAGUCAUGAGGAAGAGAACCUGGACUAUAUUUACAAACCCCUGGUGGUCCUUGGGGGUAUCUAUGUUUUCUUUCUGAUGGAAAGCAUCUUCGCCAUCAUUACUCGACAUGAUCAUCAGCACGAUGGAGAGUCUGACCCUCAUAACCACAGCAAAGUUCUGCAAAUGUUCCAGAGCAGGAGAACACAGCGAAACAGCAACUCCGCAUCACAAGACGAGCUGGUGGAUGGGCAAAACAACGAGAAGUCCCUCUUGGAGCCGAUUAGCAGCACUCGAGAGAAGCGUCUGCUGCCGUUUAUGAUCACCAUUGGUGACGGGAUUCAUAACUUUGCGGACGGUCUGGCCAUGGGUGCUGCGUUCUCUGUGUCGUGGCGUUCAGGACUGGCGACGUCGCUGGCCGUUUUGUGUCACGAGCUGCCACACGAGUUAGGUGAUUUUGCGAUCUUAAUACACUGCGGUCUGUCGGUAAGAAAGGCUCUGCUGCUGAACGUGGGCAGCGCUCUCACCUCCUUCAUCGGCCUGUACAUUGCCCUGUCCGUCUCCACUCAAACCAUCGCUGAGGAGUGGAUCUCUGCCAUCACCGCCGGCUUCUUCCUCUACAUCGCCCUCGCAGACAUGCUUCCAUCUAUGAUUCACGUGGACAGUGAAAAGCCGUGGCUGAUAUUUCUGCUGCAGAAUCUGGGUCUGUUGACUGGAUGGGGCAUUUUAUUACUCCUGUCUUUAUAUGAAGAUCAGAUAGGGAUCUAAGAAAUGAAGUAGGAUUGUACCUAUGCAUUAGCAUAUUUUCUUCCUUGAUCA